GGGCAUGGAGGGCGGGCGGGGCUCGCUGGUGCUGCUGACCGACCUCUACCAGUUCACCAUGGCCUACGGCUACUGGCGGGCAGGGAGACACCGCCAGCCAGCCGCCUUCGAGCUCUUCUUCCGCCGCUGCCCCUUCCAGGGCGCCUUCGCCCUGGGCGCCGGCCUGCACGACUGCCUGGCCUUCCUCCGCGCCUUCCGCUUCAGCCCCGCAGAUAUCGAGUACUUGAAGUCCAUCCUUCCUGCGACGACCGAGGAAGCUUUCUUUGAGUACUUGCACACAGUGGAUGCCUCCGAGGUCUCCAUCUCGUCUGCCCCAGAGGGCUCGGUGGUUUUCUCCAGGGUGCCGUUACUCCAGGUCAGGGGUCCCUUGUUGGUGGUCCAGCUUAUGGAGACCACCCUGCUCUGCCUGGUGAACUACGCCAGUCUGGUGGCCACAAACGCCGCCCGCUUCCGCCUCGCAGCUGGCCCUGGCAAGAAGCUGAUGGAGAUGGGUCUGCGCCGGGCUCAGGGCCUGGACGGAGGUCUCUCGGCAUCCAAGUACUGCUACGUGGGCGGUUUUGAUUUCACCAGCAACGUCCUGGCCGGGAAACUCUACGGGAUUCCAACUCUGGGAACUUUGGCUCAUUCCUACGUCUCCUCCUUCACCUCUAUGGAUGACGUCAACACACAGAGCCUGCUGCCCCUGACUGGGAAGGAACCCAUGGACUUUCCAACUUUAGUGGACAAGUGGUUGACCCAAGUGUGCCAGUUACUCCACAUCCCGCCGGAGAAGGUGAGCUGCGGAGAGCGGGCAGCCUUCAUGUCCUACGCCAUCGCCUACCCUCACAACUUCCAAGGCCUGGUGGACACCUACUGUGUCAUGAGGAGUGGCAUCCCCAAUUUUUGCGCCGUCGCCCUGGCCUUGAACCAGCUGGGAUACCGAGCCAUCGGGGUGCGGCUGGACAGCGGAGAUCUGGCCAAGCAGUCGGUGGAGAUCCGGCACAUCUUUCGGACCUGUAGUAAGCAUUUCCAGGUUCCUUGGUUCGAGACGAUCCCCAUCACAGUGAGCAACGAUGUCAGCGAACAGAGCUUGGAAGAAUUGUCUCGAGAGGGAAAUGAAAUCGAUAUGAUUGGCGUGGGGACACACCUGGUGACCUGUCCCCUUCAGACUACCUUGGGCUGCGUCUACAAGCUGGUUGAAGUCAACGGGUCUCCAAGGCUGAAAGUGACCGAAGACCCAGAGAAGACCACCUUGCCUGGAAAGAAAGUGGUCUACAGACUGUGGGAUGAAGCAGGCUUCCCAUGCAUGGACCUCAUGGCCCUGGAGGAAGAGCCGGCUCCUGAGGCUGGCCAGGAGGUGGAGUGUUGGUCUCUAGGAGGGACCGAGAAAGCCGGGAAGGUGAUUCCUUCUGCAGUGGAAGUCCUCCACCUCGUCUAUUUUAAAGAUGGACAGAUUUGCCGGCCCCUGCCCACCCUGUUGGAGAUCAAGGUGCACGCUCAGAUGUCCUUGGAUAAACUCAACCCUGUCCAUAAGAGGCUGCAGGAUGCGGAGGCCUACCAGGUGGCCGUGACAAGGAAGCUCUACCAGCUCCUCCUCGACCUGCAGAAGGACAGCUGCUCCUGAGCAUCACUCCGGGGUCACAAACGGAAACCAUCUGGUGGCUGCGGUGGGGAUCUGGACUGAACAAGACCCCAAAUUAUUGGCGGGGGUGUGGCCAACCUCCAAGCGGCUCACCUCCGACGUCCGUCUACGCCCUCGUCUCUCCAACUCCGUUAUCCUGAAUCGCACACCCGUACACAAGUCUCUGGGUCACUUUCCCCAAGGAGCUGGCUGGGGAUUAUGGGAGCGUUGGCCAAGUGACUGGGAGAGAGCAGAGGGCCUGUGGGGUUGAUAGAAGAACCCAACCAAAUUUUCUGCGUCCCAGCGCAGGGGUGUGGCCAGACCAGAUGCGAAUCGCUGGUAGGAUGCAGGAAGAAGGAUGUUGAUAGCCACGGUGAUGUUGGGACACGAGUGAUCUGCCUCCCCCACUCCCCACAGCCCACCCACCCAAAAUCCAAUGUGUGAGUUUGAGUUUGAGUUUAUUGGUUUU